GAAGAAUGCUCCUUACAUUGGUGGUCAGUGGGAAGAAUGUUCCUUACAUUAGGUUAUCAGUGGGAAGAAUGCUUCCUAAAUUGGUGGCCAUGGGAAGAAUGCUCCUUACAUUGGUGGUCAGUUGGAAGAAUGCUCCUUACACUGGUGGUCAGUGGGAAGAAUGCUCCUUACAUUGGUGGUCAGUUGGAAGAAUGCUCCUUACACUGGUGGUCAGUGGGAAGAAUGUUCCUUACAUUGGUGGUCAGUGAGAAGAAUGUUCCUUACAUUAGGUGAUCAGUGGGAAGAAUGCUUCUUACAUUGGUGGUCAGUGAGAAGAAUGCUGCAUACGUUGGUUGUAAGUGAGAAGAAUGUCAUCUUACAGUGUUGGUC